CCGCCCGCUCCGCCGGCCAUGCGCGGGGGGCGCAGCCCAGGGACGCCGCGGGGGUGAUGCCAGAAGGAGCCCGGCAUGCCGUACCUGGAUCGGCAGAACCGUAUCUGCGGGUUCCUGGACAUCGAAGAGAAUGAGACCUGUGGCAAGUUUCUGCGGAGGUAUUUCAUCCUGGACACCCAGGCCAACCACCUGCUGUGGUACAUGGACAACCCUCAGAACCUGGCCAUCGGAGCGGGUGCUGUUGGAUCUCUGCAGCUGACCUAUAUCUCCAAGGUUAGCGUCGCCACCCCGAAACAGAAGCCGAAAACUCCGUUCUGCUUUGUUAUCAACGCUCUCUCCCAGCGCUAUUUCUUGCAAGCCAGCGAUCAGAAGGAUCUGCAGGACUGGGUGGAGGCGCUGAACCGGGCCAGUAAGAUCACGGUGCCAAAGGGCGGCAGCGUCCCGCCAGCCACGGAGAUUGCCAAGGCCCCAGUGGUCCCCCAGGCCCAGGAGAGGAAGCCCCAGGUGGCCUACAAAACAGAGAUUGUCGGGGGGGUGGUGGUCCACACGCCCAUCUCCAUCAACCAGAACGGUGGGGACGGAGGGGAGGGCAGCGAGGUGGGGGCUGCCCACCCGCUGCUGCGGCGCUCGCAGAGCUACAUCCCCCCCUCGGCCGCCAAGCCGCCCGCCGGGCCCCCCGUGCUCAAGAGCGGCUUCUGCGUGAAGCAGGGGAACGUGAGGAAGAGCUGGAAGCGGCGGUUCUUCGUUCUGGAUGAGUUUUCCAUCAGUUACUACAAGUGUGAGCAGGACAAGGAGCCCUUGCGUUCCAUUCUCCUGAAGGACGUUUGCAAGACCCACGAGUGCCUGGUCAAGUCUGGUGACCUCCUGAUGCGGGACAACCUCUUUGAAAUCAUAACAAGCUCCAGGACCUUCUACAUCCAGGCAGACAGCCCCGAGGACAUGCACAGCUGGAUCCGGGCGAUCACGGCCGCAGUCCAGGCCCUGAAGACCCGCCCCAGGGAGAUGUCCUUCAUGAGAUCCACCUCCAUGGGCAGGCCCGCCGGCUCCUCGGCCCCAUCGCGGCCGGCGGCGGAGGAGCGGAGAGCGCCGUGCAAGGCCCCGUCCAGCUCCUCCUGGCAGCCCUGGACGCCGGUGCCGCAGGGGCCGCAGGCGGAGGGGAAGCGGCCGGAGCCGCUCAGAGACUCGGUGUUCGUGCCGGCCCUGACGGAACGCGCCGGCAGAGCCGCGCCGGGCACGCGCCUGCGGCACCGCUCGGAGCCGCAGCACCUCAAGGAGAAGCCCUUCGCCUUCGACCUGGACGAUGAAAGCAUCCGGACCUCGGACGUCUGACCGCGCACCGAGCCGCCCCCCCGGCUCCACCCGCGGCUGCCGGGGGUCCCUGAGGGGCC